UAUCCCGCGGGGUGCGGGGCAGCCGCGGCGGCGCGGUCGCAGCGCGGGCCGGUCAGAGCCGCCCCGGUCGCCGCGGACUCCACAUUCCAACGUCGCUGUGCUGCCGGUCGAAGAACCAGUGCCGAGUGACUGAGUGACCGCCUUCAACCCGUGCGACACUAAUAAAUCACCAAUAUGUCUGACGAAGAGGAAUAUUCUGGCUCCGAGGAGGAGGAAGUUGAAGAAGAAGUCCCGGAGACACCCGCUCCCAAACAAGAGAGUAGACCGUCGAUCGCGGGUGAGGGAGACCCAGAGUUCAUCAAGCGUCAAGACCAGAAGCGGUCGGACUUGGACGAACAACUGAAGGAGUACAUUAACGAAUGGCGCAAACAGCGGGCCAAGGAGGAAGAUGAGCUCAAACGCCUCAAAGAGAAGCAGGCCAAGCGCAAGGUAUCUCGCGCUGAGGAAGAGAAGCGCCUCGCUCAAAAGAAGAAGGAAGAAGAAGAAAGGAGAGUCCGUGAAGCCGAAGAAAAGAAACAACGUGACAUCGAAGAGAAGAGGCAGCGACUCGAAGAAGCCGAGAAGAAACGCCAGGCUAUGCUUCAGGCCAUGAAGGAUGCCAGCAAGACCGGUCCUAACUUCACUAUUCAGAAGAAGAAUGAGAACUUCGGCAUUACUAGCGCUCAACUCGAGCGCAACAAGACCAAGGAACAACUUGAGGAAGAGAAGAAGAUCUCAUUGUCGAUCCGCAUCAAGCCCCUUAAUAUCGAAGGUCUCUCCGUGGACAAGCUCCGACAGAAGGCCGUCGAAUUAUGGGAGUGCAUUAUCAAACUCGAGACAGAGAAAUACGAUCUCGAGGAGAGGCAAAAGAGACAGGACUACGACUUAAAAGAGCUCAAAGAAAGACAGAAACAACAAUUGAGGCACAAGGCCCUCAAGAAAGGUCUCGACCCAGAGGCGCUAACAGGCAAGCAUCCCCCCAAAAUCCAAGUUGCGUCCAAGUACGAGCGACGCGUCGACACACGUUCCUACGAUGACAAAAAGAAAUUGUUCGAGGGUGGUUACGAUACUAUAGCAGCUGAGGUUUUGGAAAAGACGUGGAAAGAGAGGAUGGAAGAGUUCAUGAACCGCACGAAAACGAGACUGCCUAAGUGGUUCGGAGAGAGGCCCGGCAAAAAGAAGGGCGAUAUCGAAUCCCCCGAAGGCGAGGAGGACGUAAAGGCGGAAGUCGAGGAGGAAGAAGAACCUACCUUCGAACCCGAGCCCGAGGAGGAGGAGGUUGAAGAGGUCGAAGAGGUCGAGGAGGAAGAGGAGGAGGAAGAAGAAGAGGAGGAGGAAGAGGAAGAGGAGGAGGAAUAAAUACAAGGAGCCACUCUUGACCAGGGUUAGACCGCCGACUCGGACCAGACGCGUCGGAAUGUACUGUUUUGUAACCAAUCCAUUAACUUAUUUCUAUUAUAAAUUAUUUUUAUUAUUUAUACUGUUGAAUCAUUCGUUACGGAACAUGGACGUUUACUGCGUCGCCAACAUCUAUGACGUCACAAUAAACUAAUUUAUUUCAUAA